AUGAUAUCCCUUCAAGUUGAGAUGGAUCAAAGUGAUGAUUGGAAGGUGCGACAAGGUGGCGUAAAGUUUCAGAAACACCACUACUUUCCGAAGAGAAUUUUGCAGUUUGUUUUCUCUGUUUCUACGUUCUCUUUCUUACUUUGGUACUCCUUUGGCUGUUCCAUCCUCCCUCAUGAUGAGUCCCUCAAUGCCUUCUUCUCCACCUUCCUCUUCUCCAUCUUCUCUCACACCCUCCAACGAAAAUACAUGUUCCUCCUCUGCAAUGCCAUCCUCGCUUUUCUUGCCAAAACCUCACUGUCCUCAUCAUCAGAUAAAGAUGAGUCCCUCCAAGCUGCAACUUUACAAGACACUACUAAUGCCAUACCAGUUUCUGUAGAAGCUCCUUCUCUCAUGGCUGAAGAACAAGGUAAGAAGCAAGAGCAUUGUGAGGAAGAAGAAGAAGUCCCAGAAGCCGAUGAAGAAAACAUUGAAGAAGCCUCCAUUGCUAAAGAAGAUGAACAGGUGCGGACCACGGAAGAAAGUAGCUGUACUGAUGAUCAGGUUACGGUGGGGACGCGAGAUGAUGAAGCAGAUAAUACUACGGUGGUGGAAGACAAUGAGGAAUUAUCAAAUGCAGAUGAGUUGAACAGAAAGUUUGAAGAAUUCAUAAGGAAGAUGAAGGAAGAGAUGAGGGUUGAAGCUCAAAGGCAGCUAAUUGCAGUCUAG